UCUAGUUGGCUAGUCUGCGUGCUUUUUAUUAAAAACAAGCGCAAACGUGAAUAUUGUGAAUAAUGUGAAUAUAACUUUUGAUAUGAUGGACAAAAUUAGUGUUACUUCAAUUAUUUUAAAUUCAUCUCUGAGCAGGAGACUAUUAAUAAUGAAAGAAAAUAAACUUUAGAAUCAAGACUUGAUCCGUACUGUCAAAACAACAAAUAAAAAUCUUCUUUUGUCACAUGUAAAUGUAAAUAAAAAGAACGAUGAAAGGAAUUUUAGUAUUUGAUCACUUGAACGAUGUGCUUUUUACUAAGUGUAACAAAAAAUUUGCUAAUCAUAUUCAAAAAUUGGCAAAAAGUCAGGGUCUCAUCAGCGAAAGCAAAGAUGAAGAAUCCAUUGCUUAUCCAAGUGCAAACAUCAUCAUGCAAAUAUUUUCCCCCCUAGUAACAUCUCAACAAGUAAUGACUUCUCAGUUUGGAAAUUCGUAUACUUCCAUGAAAUGUGAAGAUGGAAUAAACAUGGUUUUCGAUGAAUUCAUGGGGAACACAUUUAUUUAUAUUGCUACCAAAGAAGUGGAUUUUAUGAAAAGAACAUUAGGAGUUUGUGUGUCCAUUGUAAGACUAAUAUGUGGCCCCGAUGUGUCUUCAUUGAAAACAAGUAGACAAAAAGUGUGUCUAGUGUCGUCCCUCCUGGAUACUUGGUCUCAAUUAGUAGAGUCCGAGCAAAGUUUUUUAACAGAGGCUGUGGAACAAUUAUCAGUGAAUGCUGAAUUAGCUUCGGCAACUCUAAAAGUAUUAACCGACGCGGCAGAUAAACUUAAAACACAGUCCGAAUUUUCCAAUAUCCACGUUUUGGUGCUGGUGGAACAAAAAUUUCUCUCGUUAUUCUCGAGCAAAAAUGCUCAGGACUUGAAUGGCUCAGAUAUUUUAAUGAUGAUAUUAAUGUGCUACGUCUCAAAUGGGAAAGGAAGGGCAGAAAGUGAGGAAGAAAUUGAGGAACGCGAUAUUAUUCUAUGCCAAAAUAGCCCUGUUGGGAAAGACGAGGAUGUAAGGCCGCUAAGUUCAUCUUCGAAACUUGCUAACCCAACUCCGGAGGAUAUUCAGAACUUAUUUGGAGAUUCAAGAUAUUCUUCUGUAAGUGAAGGCCUUUAUACCUUUGCUGAAGACGGUUUAUACAGUCAAUUAGUCUUGCUAGGUUCAGACGAAAAUUUUACAGCGAACGCCGUCCAUAUUUCCAAAUUAGCGGAAGGUAUUAAUUUAGUAACAAUAGUCGAAGUGACGAAUGCAGGCAUUGCGUGCGGACUUUACGACAGUUUUUACUACCUGAACGUCAUUAAUAAAUUGCAAAUUCAAAGAGACAUUGAUGAAAUCAAAGCAGCGUUUGAAAGUCUUGAGGCAGCUAUGAAGAAGACUAUAGAUGGGAUCAAAAAACAUCGAGCUUUCGUAAGCAAUGAUGUUGACAUGUGUCAGAGGCGUUUACAGGUGAAAUGGGAAUUUGUAAGGAAGAAAUAUAUCGAAGUAUUUAAAUCAAGAGAUGCGGAAUCUAUUCUUCAAAUCGAGUCCAACAUAUCUGGGUUUAUCGAUACGAUGAAGGAGUUGUUUCGAUUAACAUGUUUCGAAAAAGAAUUUUUGAAGCAAGGAACUGACGUGAUAGGAACUGUGAGUCGUCUAGUUGGCCAGAAACUGAAUGAUUUUAGUGAUUUCCUCAAAGUUAAGGCGCUCAAGAACUUCAGUCUUGGAUCGAGAACUUCCCUAACCAUCAACAAAUAUUUGGAAGAAUUCCCUGGACUGGUGCACUUUUUAUACAUCGAUCGAACUACUCAUAGAUUAACAGCUCCCACGGUAGAUUUUACGAAUUCAGAAACGCUGCAACUUACAACUAAGAAGAUAUGGAAAAUGGUUGAAGAUAGCAGGAUACAUUUGCAAGAAGGUCAGAUGUCUGUAAUGUGGAAAGACACGACGUUUAACUAUGCCUAUUUUUUAUGGUUUGAAGACAGUUCGGGCACACCUCUUAAAAGCAAAACACAAAUCAACCCUACAAUCAAGAACUUUGGCAUUCCUGGAAUACUCUGCGGUGAUUACUACAGGAAAUUAGCGAAUGCUCACUUCCCAAAGCUCUCUCGGAACAAAAUCAGAAUUUACGAAUUAUAUUGUGUGCACCUUGGUUUAGCAACGUCAUCAUGUGUUCUCGAACAUUCCAGACGAUUAGCAGCAACAAUUUGGGAAGUAACGGGUCUUCCAAACAAUCCCGCGGAUAUUCUUUAAUCGGUUUUUUUUCUUGUUGUUUUGAACAGCAAGUGAUCUGGUUUUGUGCACUUUUUGCGUCGAAGGAAAUACUUAACAUGACAAACGUUGUAUUAUAAUGUGUUGAGCAUUUCAUUAUUCACCGAUUUAUACAGUAUUUAUAAAGCAUAUCGUAAAUUGAAA